AUGCUACGCUCUGAGUUAUUUCAUAUGAUAUUUUUUAUAUUUCUACUCUUUAUAAAUGGUUCAACAGCAGGGGAAAUUCAUGCAAAUGCUUCUCCCACAUUUGGAACCGUUAUUGUUUCAACUAUGGAUGGUUAUCUGCGGGCUCUUGAUUUAUCCACCGGAGAAGUGAAAUGGUCACUACUUGAAGCUCCGGUUUUAAAAGCACCGAAUUCUGUUAAGCAAGGCUUCACUUUCUUGCCCAAUCCACAGGAUGGAUCUCUUUAUGUUCUUAAAGAGGGAAAUUUGAAGAAACUGCCAUUCACUAUACCUCAGCUUGUGCAUGCCUCACCAUGCAAGGGCAAUGAUGGUGUGUUGUAUGCAGGAAGUAAGAAGGAUGUAUGGUUUGGCAUCGAUCCUCAUACAGGAAAAAAGGUGGAAACAUUGUCUUCAGCGACUUCUGAAAGAGUUUGUCCGGCCAAUCAAAAACACACAGUUUUUAUUGGAAGAACUGAAUAUCAUGUAAAUAUGUUUGAUACUUAUAACAGUGGAAAAACGUGGAAUGCAACAUUCAGUGAUUAUUCUGCUCAUCUUCUUCCAGUUGACAAUUCAUAUCCCUUGAAACAUUAUGUGUCCGCUUCAACGGGUGCGAUUCUAGCUGUUGAUCCUUCUUCAGGACAAAUUGUAUGGGAAAGAGAUUUACAUACAACUGCCGUCGCUAUGUAUCUCUUACAAGACGAUGGACUGCAUAAGCUUCCCUUCACCGUUGUUGGAAAAGAAACGAUUGAGAAUCUGUUGAAGGUAAGUCAUAUUUCGUUUUGA